GUUUUAUGCCCAGCAAAAAGCAAGCCUAGCUCAAAAGAAUGAGUCUGGAAGCUGUACUGAGGAUUGUGAGCCCGUGCUUUCUCACACUGUCGGAGCGUGGCUUCACGUACGGACCUCAGGGCAGAUUAUUGUUAAGGAACCUCGAGGAAUAUUGGUUCAUGCAUUGUGUCACGAUGCCACCUUACAACGUGUUCCCGUGCGACAGCUCGAUCACUGACACGUUGCAACAGUUACAGAGCUUCUCCAUGGACAAGGAUAUGCCGUUCGCGCUCGCCAUGCUCACGACGACCAAAAAUGUAGCAUGGAACGAGUCUCUAUUGAACGACACUGGCUAUCGAGUGACGUCGCAUAGAACGGCGAAGCUCAAUGUGAUUGCUGACGUAUUGGACUCGAGGAACCUGUUGCACAACAAACAGAGAGAGCGCAAGGUAUGGUGGCGCAAAUUCGCCCAAUAUCCCUCGAGAUUCGUGUUCGCCGAGGCAAAGAAAGUAAAGGGUCUCGACGUGACGGAAAUACAGGCACGGUUUCCUUUCGGCAACAUCACGGUCGAGACGAUCGCCCAUUAUCCCGUUACACGCAAAUUAUAUCCUCAGACUGAAGGUAGUAAAGAUAAUGUCGCGGACGUGCAUAUGGUCGAGCAUGUCGCCUCUUUAGAUUGGGGCUGUCUGGCUCUGCUCUGCGAUAGUUACAUGUCGGGCAAAUCAACUAGAGCGUAUAUUCAUCCUAAGUUAUCGCCUUACAAAACGACGUUUCGCAUAGAAAAACAAGAGAACGAAACUUCAUCGGAUUUAGAGGACUUGAAUCGCUUUGUGUUGUAUUUGAACAACAUGCUCAGGUCAAACGGGAUCCGUACCAUAUUGGCGAGCACAGAACAAGUCGUAGAGAUGUGCUUGAUACCAUUUGUCGUGUCUGUGGAUAGGACUAGUCUCAAGAAUGGCAUCGUACAUGUAGAGGAUCCUUCAAUAGCUCUGAAGGAGCCAGUCCAGGUCGCCAAUUUGGUAGAAUACAUCGCUACGUGUUGCUCGUGAAUGGCACAAAUCAACAAUGCGGAUCUUCCAAUCAAUGCGUCAGUUUAUAAGAUAUAUUGGUACCAUUAUCACUAUAUUUACUUACUGAAAGUUACAACAAUAUAAACUGUAAAUAUAAAUGAAAAUUUCUCUUUUUCUAUAUA